AUGGCCGAUCCUCUCGCCUCACCACGUCCACAUCUAGAAGAGCGCAAGAGCUUUGCUCCCAAGCAACCUGUCGAGAUCGCCGAGCCCAAGAAUGAUCCCAUCACCUACGAGCAGCUGAAAGAGCACGAUGGCACGAGCCCAGACAAACCAGCAUGGGUAGCAGUCAAAGGCACGGUCUUUGACGUGAGCCGAAAUAACGCUUACGGCCCUGGAGGGAACUAUGCAGUCUUCUCCGGCAAAGACCCUUCCCGCGCCCUGGCCACAUCCAGCCUGAAAGCCGAGGACUGCGUUCCCGAGUGGUCAGAUCUGGAGGACAAGCACAAGACGGUGCUCGACGAGUGGUACACGUUCUUCAGCAAGCGGUAUAACAUCGUUGGGAAGAUCAGUCUGGCGAGCGAUGCGCCUGGCAUGGAGGAGCCGAAGAUCUAG